UGAGUGCACCUGUUGCUUCCAAGGAUAAACUGACACAGACAAUUAAGGCUAUCUAAAACGGUCUGACGCCUGAAGUGACAGUCUACGAAGGAUUUUGACAUGCUCUGGCCGAAAUCUCCAAAGGAGAAGCCGUGUUACCCUCAGCCCACUGUGAAGAAGCUCCUGGAGCAGAAGAGGAAGAGAGAGAGCUCCUCCCUGCCAGCCUGCUCCCUGGUGCCCUCCAGCAGGGCUCCCACUGCACACGUCUCAACACUGGCACCAGUCGAACACUCCUCAGCAGCCACCGGCAGUGGAUUCUCCAGCAUGGGAGCGGUCGGUUGUGAGACAUGGGACCCUGCCCUGCACUCCUCCCCCUCCACAUCAUCUCUGCACCACCACCACCAUCACCACCACAGCAGCAGUUCUCUGUCCCCCAUGGGAAUGUCUACCUCCUACCUGUCUAGCAGUAGUCUCACUACAGUCCCCAUGUACAGCCAUGUGCAGCCGGCCCCCGUCUCCAGCUACACCCAGCUGCCUCUGCAAGACCUCUGCACAACCUCCAUGAUGACACAGCCGUUUCCAGAGUGCCAUGUUACCAUGGCCCCCAGUAUGGUCCAUCCUAACCCCAUAGACUGGGUCACGGGCCCCAGGCAAACUGGUGCUAUAUUGGCCCCUUCCUCCUCCUCCCCCUCUUCCUCUUCCUCUGCAUCUGAGAGCUUUGGCCGGCCGCUGGACAUGAGAGUGCUGGAGGAGGCCCGCAGGUUCAUCCAGGGGAUGGACUAUGGCACUACCACAUGGCAAGAUGAUGAUGGAGACACGAUCCUUCAUAUCUACACGGCAAAGGGCCAGCGCGAAUAUGCCUAUGCUGCUGCAGAGAAGCUCAAAGAACAUGGGAAGCUUGACUCAAAGGAACACAAGGGGAAGACUGCCCUGCUGGUUGCAGUGACUGCCAAACAACCGGGCAUCGUGUAUGACCUGAUACGUCUGGGUGCUGAUGUGUGUGUGUGUGACGUCAAAGGGCAGACAGCCCUGCACCUGGCUGCUACGUACGGAUAUCCCAUAGUCAUGCAGGUGAUCCUCUCCAAUGCGAUGCAGGUGGACUUGGAGGCUCGUAAUUUUGAAGGACUGACUCCGCUCCACUGCGCCGCCAUUUCCCACAGUGCCACCAUGAAGGCCAUGGCUGCUGCCUCUACCUUCCCUUCCUCCACCUCCACCACCACCACCACCGCAGCAGCCUGGCAGGGGGAGCUCACCAACAAGCACCACUGCCUGGAGCUGCUACUUAGCAACGGCGCCUCUGCACUCAGCCAGGAAAUCAAAAGUAACAAGACGGUUCUCCAUCUUGCCGUCAAAGAGGGGAACAUACAGUUGGUUCGCUACCUGUUGAGUGUACGCCAAGCAGACAUGCAGGCCAUCAUCAACAUGAAGGCCCAUGGCCACACUGCCCUGCACAUGGCGGCAGGUCUCCACAGUAGCCCCCAUCAGGAGGAGCUGAUCCGGCUGCUGCUGCAGCACGGUGCGGACCCCAGCACCCGCAACAUGGAGAACGACCAGCCCGCACACCUGCUGCAAAGCGGAGACACGGGCGACAAGCUCAAGUUGAUUCUGAAGAAGAGGGGUACUUCCUCUAGACGUCGCAUCACUUCCUUACAGGACCAAGACUGACCUGGACUUCUUUUCAUGUCCCAGUGUAUCCUUCCCCUGCUUUGUUCAAGCUUCCA